AUGCUAAAAGAAACUCUAUUCCUCUUUGUCAAUGAGAUAUCCAACUUGGUGCCUGCCUCAAAUGUUCAACAAUAUGGAUGGUCUUCUGCUGCUCCCUUUACUUCUAAGAGAAAAAGGAUAACUAUUGAAGAUUGGAGGGCGUUGCUGGAAUCCUUUGUCAACAAGGAUCAAUUCGUGUCUUCAGUUACUGAUCAUGUUAGUGCACAAGACACAGGAGCAAAAGCAGCAGACUUUGAUGAUGAUGAUGGUGGAGGUUUGGCACUAAAUGCUCAAUCAAGAGCUAUGCUAAUGGCAAAACUUGAUCGCAGUGGUAUUACCACAGGUAUUCCUGGGGCUCUUGGAGCACCUAUAGUUAAUGGAUCUGGUCCAACUCAAGGCAUGGAUGUGGCAGCAGCUACAAUUCCCAUUUUGCCCCGACAAUUUGUUUCAGAGCCAAUUGGAAACCCUAACGAGUGUUUGCUGCUAAAAAAUAUGUAUGACCCUGCUGCUGAGAGUGACCCAGAAUUUGAUUUGGACAUCAAAGAGGAUGUGGGAGAAGAGUGCUCCAACUAUGGAAGGGUGAAGCAUAUUUAUGUUGCCAAAAGAAAUGACCAGGGGCAAAAUUGUCAUUCUCUUAAUAGGGAAAGUGCUGGCUAUGUGUAUCUACGAUUUGAGAGUGUGGAUGCAGCCUCACGAGCUCAACAGGUGCAUAAAAGAUGGUUUGCCCGCAGCUUGAUUUCGGCCAUUUUCUUGGGGCAGGACAUACAUUUACUAAAAGAAGUUACUAAAGCUAUUUCAUCUUUUAACAAGAAACCUGUUAUUCUUGCUCUUUCCAACCCAACAUCACAAUCUGAAUGUACUGUUGAACAAGCUUAUAAGUGGAGGGCUUUGAUCUUUUUCCAGAAGCGGAUCUAGUUGAGGAGAAUGGUAUGUUAUCUUGCAGGCUACUUAUUUGGGAUACAGGUACAAGUUAGCUACAGUUAGUUUCUUGGUUUAUUUAGUGUUUUUUUUUGGAAAUUUUCAUGUUAAUUAAACAUAUGGCCAUUUGUAUGUUGUGGAUUAUCCGUCAUUUAAUUCAGU